AUGGCGGAGGCCAGUGUGAUUGCAUUGAAGGAUAUAAUGCGAACUACUCCUAGUAUGGAAAAGGAGCAAGCUUCUGCUAGUCCCGUAGAUACGGAAAAUAAAUCUGUCAGUUCGAGUAAAGGUAAAGGCAGUAGACAUUCGAAGAACACUGCGAAGAAAAACAAAGAUGAAGCUUUGGGAAAAACUGGGAUGACGCGGUUGUCCAGUGGCAGUACUAAUUUUAUUACAACUAGUAGCAGUACGGCUAUUGUCGGUAAUGAUGGAAAUAAUAGUGUCAAAUGGAUUAAUCUGUGUCGCAGAGAGUCUCACAAGAGGGAUAUUGAUCCCAGACUUUGUUUCUCGACUAUUCCGUUCACUGAUCAACUUUAUGGUGACAACGUGAUCAAAGACAUAAAAGAUAUUCAAGAGGCAGCAACAAGACAUUCAGUCAGAAUAGAUACUCUAACUACAGAGCCGAAGGCUCUGGAAGGCCUGCUUACAGAGGCACCUCAAAUAGAGGACGUUUCAACAGAUACCAAAGACCAAGAUUUAAUGGUUAUAAUAACUCUAAUGUCACAAGUUUUAUUAGAUGCCAACAUUUCAUAUCACGAAGAAUAUUUAAACCAUCGGUAA